AUGAAUUUUAAUACAGAAUAUUGUACUAACUAUGAUAGAUAUAAUGAUGAAAAUGAAUAUACUGAAAAUAUUGAAGAAUGUGAAAGUGAAGUGGGAAAUGUUGAAAAAGGAAGUGAUGAAUUGCUGAUUGAUGCAGUGAGAAGUUAUCCGCACUUAUAUAAUUCGUCUCUGAAAGAAUUUAAGGACACAGAAAUGAAACAAAACUCAUGGAAGGAAAUUUCUGGAAUAUUGAAUUUGUCAAUUGAAGCUUGUCAAAAUCGAUGGGUACGGUUACGCGAUCGAUUUUCAAGGGAGAAACGAUCACGUGAGACAGAAACACGGAGUGGUAGUGGAGCCUCUCACAGAUCAGGAUUUUCAUUGUAUAACAACAUGUUAUUUUUGGAACACCAUGUAAAACGGAGAAAAUCGUAUACAAAUGUGCCUAGUCCAGCUGUAAAAAAACAUAUGUCUUCUUGUGACAUCAAUAUAAGCACGAGUAAUAUUUCAACAUCAUGUCAAGCACUUUCAAACAUUGAGACAAAUAACUCUUUUUCAAAUUUAUCUAGUUUUACUUUAUCCAAUCUCAUUACGAAACUGUUUUCAUCAUCACCUCAAGGUGAAACAUAUAAUUUUUCUUGCACGAAUGAAAUAAGAGAUUUAAUAUCGAGAGAUUCAGUACCGAGAGAUUCAGUACCAAGAGAUUCAGUACCGAGAGAUAUAGUACCGAGAGAUUCAAUAUCGAGAGAUUCAGUACCGAGAGAUUCAGUAUCGAGAGAUUCCGAAUCAAGAGAUUCAGUACCGAGAGAUAUAGUACCGAGAGAUUCAAUACCGAGAGAUUCAGUACCGAGAGAUUCAGUAUCGAGAGAUUCAGUAUCGAGAGAUUCAGUAUCGAGAGAUUCAGUAUCGAGAGAUUCAGUAUCGAGAGAUUCAGUAUCAAGAGAUUCUACACCGUCUCCUGCAGUACCAACAACACCAAUUAAUAUAAGUCGUUCAAUUAAUACUGGUCACUCAAACAAAAUAAAUAAAAGUAACUCCUACUUAGAACAAUCACUUGUAGCUCUAAGUGAUAGUCUACAAAAACGCAUAACUGAUAAUCAGUCAUCUCAACAAAUGGCUUGGAACUUGGGUGACUUAACACCUGACAAAACUUUUGGACUGCUAGUUGCAGCAGAAUUAGAAAGAAUACCCGAACCGGAAAAGUCUAAGCGAAAGCAGAUAAUAUCAGAAAUUUUAUGGAUACCACUAGCAUAAUUAUUUGUUCGCAUCGCAUGUUCCAACAUGCUCCCACUAUAGCUCCUAUUCAUUCCAACGCUCUUGUUGAAGUGAAUAAGAACUGUGAUAGGAGCAUGUGACGAGACCAACUCUUGUUUUAUACAAAUUUCCUUAUAGAUCAAUUUUAA